AUGCAGACAGCCAUGGAGACCACCAAUGGCCAUGAUAAAAAAGACAAAAAGGAGAAGAAAGAGAAAAAGGAGAAAAAGGAAAAGAAGGAGAAACCGGAGACGGCUGAAAAUGGCGACGCUGCUAAGAAGGAGAAGAAGGAUAAAGGGGAGGGUAAGGAGAAGAAGGAGAAGAAGGAUAAAAAGGACAAGAAAGAAAAGAAAGACAAGAAGGACAAAGCCAACAAAGAGCCCAAGGAGAAGAAAGACAAGAAGGACAAGAAAGAUAAGAAGGAACGAAAAGAGAAGAGGAAGCUGCGGAAGGAGCAGAAGCUCAAUCAGCUGGCUGAUCAGCGGAAGAAGGCUCACAAGAUCGGGCUGAAAGGCUCGAAGAUGCUAGCAUCCAAGAAGCGGAAAGCGCCAGCGCAGUCACAGACCGAACUGAAGGUCCUUCUCAAGACUGAAGAUGACUACGAGCCAGUGAACCGGUGGUGGGAGAGGGAGGAUGGUGCAGAAAGCGGCAAGCGCGGUGCGAAGAAGUGGGACACCUUCGAACACCAUGGUCUGCUCUUUGCACCCGACUACGAACCCCACCGGGUCCCUCUGAUCUACGACGGGGAGCGCGUGGAGCUGCCUCCUGAAGCUGAAGAGAUCGCCUACUACUGGACCUCGGUCAAGGGGACACCGUACGAGACCAAGGACAUUUUCAUGAAGAACUUCUGGAAGACCUUCAAAGAGGUCUUGCCGAAAGGCUCCAAGAUCAAGGACUUCAAGAAGUGCGACUUCUCGCUGAUGUCGGAUUACCGGGAAGCAGAAAGGCAAAAGCGACUGAACCGAACCAAGGAAGAGAAGGAGGCAGAGAAGGCCAAGAAUGCGAAGGAGACUGAAUGGUUCAGCUAUGCCAUUGUCAAUGGCGUGCGCGAGAAGUUGGGCAACUACAAGCUGGAGCCGCCGCAGCUCUUCCGUGGCCGUGGCGAGCAUCCGAAACAAGGCCUGCUCAAGAAGCGGACGUUCCCGGAGAGCGUCACGCUCAACAUCGGGGAGACGGCAUGUGUACCCAAGGUGGUCGGGAUGCCUGGCCACGCCUGGAGGGACGUAGUGCACGAGAAUACAGUCCAGUGGAUCGCCAAUUUUGAGGACGGCCUUCUGACCGAAGCAAAAUACGUCAGUUUCGCGGCUACCAGCGGCUUGAAGGGGCAGCCGGAUAUGCUGAAGUACGAUCGCGCCAAGCGCUUGGUGCGAAUCAUUGGCAGUAUCCGCACCUCCUAUGAGAAGAUGUGGACGAGCAGGAACGUUGCAGAUCGGCAGAAGGCCACGGCGACCUACUUCAUCGACAAGCUCGCACUGCGAGUUGGCGGCGAGAAGGAUACAGAGGAGGAGGCCGAUACCGUGGGCUGCUGCUCUCUGCGCGUAGAGCAUCUGAAGCUUACGCCGCCGCAGACCAUCCACCUCGACUUCCUGGGUAAGGAUUCCAUCCGGUACACGAACAGCGUCGAAGUGGCCAAGCAGGUCUUCGACAAUGUUCAAGGCUUCAUCAAGGGCAAGAA